AUGCCGAGCUUAUGCGUAGCAGCCCCGCCGCAGUGCGAUUUGCUCAUUCCGCCCGAGCCGUGGACGCUCUUUCCUGCUGCAGAGAUGCUGCCGCCUUUCGGUGCAGUCCCGCCUUCUGGGCGACGUCACAUUCUCGGGCAGCUUGAAAUGAAAGAAGCCCGUGGCGACAGCCAGGCCGAAAACGUGCUUUACAUCUUGUCAUUGUUCGGCGGCAUCUACCUCUUCCGGGAGCUUUUCGAAGCGAGCGGCAUCCCUGGGAAGUACAUAAAACAGGGUGGGGACAGCGACUAUAUGCGCUACAUGGAGUUCACCGACAGCGACGAGCACAAAGAGCAGAUACAGCAUGUCCUGCAGAACGUCUUGCUGAGGCGGCCAGUGUACUUCAUCAAUGCCACUGGCGACGCAGACAACAGCAUGGCCGCUUGGAUGAUUGCCCAGGAUUCUGUCUUCCUGCAAGAGACGGACAAGUGA